GUAACGUUUGUAGAUUGAUAGAAUGGAAUGAUACACGUUCAAUUUAAGUAUUCGAAAGUGUGUGUGUGUAUAUAGUGGAAAUAUACAAAUAGAAAUAUCAUUCAAGGUGCAGUUUGAUGAGAGAUAAAUGUACGAAAGAACGGUAUUGAAAGAAGAGAAAGUAAAGAAAAGAAAGGAGAAAGGAAAACUGUACAAGUGUAACAAGUAAUUCUUUGUAAUGAAUAUUUUCAAUUUGCCCGUUAUUUGUAACGUUGCAGGAAAAAGAUGUUUUUCACGAAUUGGUUUCAUCGGUUUGGGUAAUAUGGGUAGUCACAUGGCAAGAAACAUUUUAAAGAAGGGAUACAAAUUAAUUGUCUUCGAUGUUAACGAAUCAGCGAUGUCCAAUUUGACAGAUAUAGGCGCUGACAGAGCUUCUAGUCCUGCUGAGAUGGCAAAAGAUGUUGAAGUGAUUGUUUCAAUGUUGCCAUCUAACCAACAUGUUCUGGACGUUUACAACCUUAAAAAUGGUCUAUUGAGUUCAGCAAAAAGGAACAGUCUUCUGAUCGAUAGUAGUACAAUAGAUCCGUUUGUGUCUCAAACGUUGGCCAAAGAGGCUAAAAAAUUGGGCCUUAAUUUUUUAGAUAGUCCAGUAUCCGGAGGUAUAAACGCAGCCAAAGAUGGUACGUUAACGUUCAUGGUUGGAGGUUCCAAAGAAAAUUUUGAACUUGCCAAGACUCUUCUCAAUUGUAUGGGAUCCAGGAUAAUACACUGUGGAGAUGUGGGGAUGGGGCAAGCAGCGAAAUUGUGUAAUAAUAUGCUUUUAGGUAUUAGCAUGAUUGGUACUGCUGAAGCUUUCAAUCUUGGGCAAAAAUUAGGUUUAGAUUCCAAAAUUUUAACUGAUAUUAUCAAUUCGAGUAGCGGGAAAUGCUGGUCUUCCGAGCUGUACAAUCCUGUUCCAGGUAUUCUUAAAAACGCACCUAGUUCUAAAAACUAUGAGGGUGGUUUUGGAGUCACUUUAAUGGCCAAAGAUUUAGGACUAGCACAGUCUGUUGCGACUAAAGUAGAAGCAACUAUUCCCUUAGGUUCUUUAGCGCAUCAAAUUUAUAGGGCAAUUAUCGUUCAAGGAUUUGCAAAUAAAGACUUUAGUUACGUUUAUCAAUUUUUUAAAGGUUGAAAAUAAUUUUAAAAUUUAUCAGUAAAUUCUUAUCAUAUAUUAUAAAUAAUAAUUUUAAAGUAAAAGUUAAUAAUAUAACGAUUUUAUUAUUAUUAUUACUAUUAAUAUACGAUUUGCUAUUAAAUAUUUUAAUAAACGAAUUUUUUAUACA